UUUCACUUUUCCACACAUAUUCCUUCGUGUCUCAGGAAAUGAAUAUUGAAGAACCUCUCUAACUUUCAAGAACAAUAAAUUGAAGAAUUUGACCAAAUUCAGAGAGAUGGAUGACAGUUUGAAAGGGAAGAAUGUAGUGAUAGACAUUAGUGAUGGCGCUAGUGAUGAUGACGGACAUAGCGAUGAUGAUGGAUAUGGUGAUGAUGAUGGACAUAGCGAUGACGACGGAUAUGGUGUUGAUGACGGACUUGACGAUUAUUGGUUGGAUGAAUUAACGGAAGAAAAUGUUUAUGAAAUGACAUUUGAUUCGGAUGAGGAUGGAGAAAGAUUCUAUAAUGCAUAUGCCAAAGUGAAAGGCUUUAGUGUCCGAAAGGAUAAUAUUCACAAAGACAAUAAGGGUAUUGUUACUUCAAGGAAUUGGGUUUGCUCAAAAGAAGGAUAUCGAGAAGCUAAGUAUAUGGAAAGAGAAGAUCGAAAUAAAGAGCCGAUGGCACUAACUAGAGUUGGAUGUCCUGCUAUAUUUCAUCUCAAAUUAGAUCGAAAAUCAAACAAAUACGUGGUUGCUAACUUUGUAAGCCUCCACAACCAUAACUUGAUAGGGCCUAUGGGCGUGCCUUUCCUCCGCUCCCACAGGAAGGUUCGUAGUCCUGAUAAAGCCUCGGCCAAUACGAUGCAUAAAGUUGGCAUUAAAAUAAGUCAUAUUAUGGAUUUUGCCGCACAACAAUCUGGUGGAUAUGACAAGGUUGGAUACACACAAAAAGAUCUUUAUAAUCAUUUUACAGCUCAACGCAAAAUAGAGGUUGCGGAUGGGGACGCGGAAGGUGCAUUAGCCUAUUUAUGUGCGAAAGCAGAAUAUGACCCCUUGUUCUAUUACAAGUAUGACAUGGAUGAGCAAAACCGGUUAAAUAAUAUGUUUUGGAGAGAUUCAACAUCUCUAACAGACUACCUGUGCUUUGGAGACGUGCUACUAUUUGAUGCUACUUAUCGAACGAAUGCUUAUGGGAAGCCUUUUGUGAUACUAGCUGGAGUCAAUAGUCACUUCCAAACUGCAAUAUUUGGGUGUGCAUUGUUGACUGCUGAGACUGCUGAGACUUAUACAUGGGUAUUGGAAAAGUUUCUUGAUUUCAUGGGCAAUGAAAAAAUGCUAGUGUCAGUAAUGACAGAUGGAGAUAAGGCCAUGAGGAGAGCAAUAAAAACUGUGUUGCCUAAUGCUCGUCAUCGUUUAUGCAAAUAG